AUGUGCAAUGGAGCUCGAAGCGCGUCGCGUCCGCAGAAAUUUGAUCCCACACAGCCAGCCUGCUGGUGCCGUGCUGUGCCUCGAUCAAUGCUGGCUAGACUGCUGAAGAUUGCGUUGUGGAUGCGAGGGCAGCGACUUGCCGUGCCAGCACGAACGCUCGACAAACUUUCUCUGAUUGUUAGGUCGGACGGGCAGCAACUAGCGCUCGAGACGGCACCGACUUCGCAUGCUGACUUCGGGCAGCGUGACGAAGCGGUCGGCUCAGCAGGUGUUAUGGUAUGA